UUACCAAAUCAAGCAAGCAAGCCAAAUACGGAACCUUGAAUAUUCAAUGGAGUCGCCAACCAUACCCAUCAAGCAACCCCAACUUAAUUUCAGUUCGAACUGCCUUCUUUCUCCUCUGUACCUACCUCUCUAUAUAACCACUCUUAUAAGUUAUAACUACAAAGUUACAUCUUCUUCUUCAUAAACGCAGACAUGAACCCCGCCAGAGACCAGAGAGCCCCUAUCUGCCACGUGGUGGCCAUGCCGUAUCCCGGUCGGGGCCACAUCAACCCGAUGAUGAACCUCUGCAAGCUACUGACUUCACAAAAGCCUGACAUUCUCAUCACCUUCGUCGUCACGGAGGAAUGGCUCGGCUUCAUCGGUUCCGAAGCCACCCCGGACAACAUUCGACUCACCACGAUUCCCAACGUCGUCCCGUCGGAGCUGGUCCGCGCCGCCGACAUGGAUGGCUUCAUCGACGCCAUCAUGACGAAGAUGGAGGCCCCGUUCGAGCGGCUCAUGGAUCGGCUCGAGCCGCCUCCGUGCCUGAUCGUGGCCGACACUUUCCUGCCUUGGGCGGUCCGUGUCGGGAACCGGAGGAGUAUCCCGGCGGCGUCGUUUUGGCCGAUGCCGGCGUCCCUUUUCUCCGUUUUCCAACAUUUUGAUCUUUUAGCGCAAAAUGGGCACUAUCCGGUUGAAUUGUUAGAGAGGGGCAAUGAACGGGUGGACUACAUCCCAGGAGUUUCUUCAACACGACUAGCAGACCUGCCUCAUUUCAUGAAUCGAAUAUCCCCAAGGAUUCUCCACCACAUCCACGAAGAUUUCUCAUGGGUGCCUAAAGCACAGUCUCUCUUAUUCCCCUCCAUCUAUGAGCUUGAACCCCAAGUCAUCGACGUUUUAAGAUCAAAGUUCUCACUACCCAUUUACACAGUUGGUCCAUUAAUACCCUACGGAAAAUCUAACGAUCACCCGAGUGCUGGCAUCGACUAUCUACGAUGGCUAGAUUCUCAACCUUGCAGCUCUGUUCUGUACAUCUCCAUGGGAAGUUUUCUUUCUUUUUCAGGUGCCCAAAUGGAUGAGAUUGCAGUAGGUUUACGCAUGAGUGGGGUUCGGUUCAUUUGGGUGGCUCGUGGGGAAACGGAUAGGUUAAAAGAUGCUUGUGGCGACAUGGGUUUGGUAGUCCCUUGGUGUGAGCAGUUGAGGGUUUUGUGCCAUUCUAGUGUUGGUGGGUUUUUGACACAUUGUGGUUGGAACUCAGUUAGGGAAGCUGUUUUUGCUGGUGUCCCGUUUCUGACGUUUCCGUUACUUAUGGAUCAAGGCAUGGUUAGUAAUAUGAUUGUGGAGGAUUGGAAAGUUGGGUGGAGGUUGAGGAAGGCUGAGGACAGAAUGGACCAUUUGGUGACAAGAGAGGAGAUUGCUGGGCUGGCGCAGAAGUUUAUGGAUUUGGAGGAUGAUGAAGGGAGAGAGAUGAGGAGAAGGGCCAAAGAACUUAAGCAGAUAUGUCAUGCCAUUGACGAAGGCGGAUCAUCUCAAACGAACAUCAGUGCCUUCCUUAGAGACAUUUCUCAGAGCCAUGCAUGAGCAUUGAGCACAAUGAAACUUCUUGUUACAGGUUCUCAAAAGAUGGUGAAAGCUUGUAGUGACUUGUCUGGUGCGUCGAUGAAAAUACAUGGCGUCGGUUCAAGGGGUUGUACUUCAAUUGCCAGCCUAACCAACUUAGUGAAUAAGGCUUUGUUGUUGUUGUUGUUUGCAUCUGUUUAUGCACUUUCGUUUUUAUUCAAGGGCCUGCUAUUGGGACUCUAAAAUACUUAAUUGUGUUUCAUCUGAGGGUGUUUCCAGUUUGGUUCGACUCUAGUUUGUACCAAAUCUGGGAUCAAUUUGGUUCCAGAUUAUAUUGAUCGACCGGGAUCAAAUUUAUUUGAGGAUUAAUAAAGAUUGGCAUUCGGGAAC